AAGCACGGCAUAUGGACGAACUCGCUCUCUUUCUGGGCGCUUACGUGACAAGGAUUGAAUCGGAGGGGAGUGAUUUCAAUUUUCAACAAACACUCGGCGGCCUUCCUUCGUGGGAAAGAAAUUUUGCUUUUACCCCAACUGAAAGCUUGUAAGUGGGGGUGGAGCUGUGGAGCUGUGGAGCUGUGGAGCCAGGAGGUUUGGUUGAUUCGGACUGGCCAUUUGUUUUAUUUCACUGCAGUUUGUUCGUGACCCAAGGGAGGGUUGGAAAUAAGAUUUGGGGCAGGGGAUGGCUUGCCAGGAGAUUCAUUCGUGGACCUUUGGUGGAUUGGUGGGCGCCUAUCUUGAUCUCGCUAUAGCCUAUCUUCUACUGUGUGGAUCAACUCUUGCCUUUUUCGCCUCUAAGUUUCUGAGCUUUUUUGGCUUGUGUUUGCCAUGCCCUUGCAACGGCUUCUUUGGCAACCCAAAUGGAGACAAUUGCUUGCAAAAGUUUCUUGUUGAUUACCCAACUGAGAGGAUCUCUUCCGUUCAAUUGUGCGUGAAGAGCAAAUUCCCCUUUGAUUCGGUGCGGGCAAAUGAAGGGAGUCCCCAUCCCAAUUGGAAGUUGCUGAAAGGGAGAAACAGUGAUGAUGGGGAUGUUGGAUUGGAAGGUGAAGCCUCGUGUAGCUCGUUUUGGGAUGUGAUGAGAUCCCCUGAUAUAGCUGGGAAAGACUCAAUUUCAAGAAAUGGAUCCUGUGGAGUGAUGAACACGCCGGCUUUGAAAGAAGGAAAGUCCGAUACGAAGGGGAAAAGGGUUAGCAAUCAGAGGCCCAAAACAGGUGUUCGGCGCCGUCGGAGAAGUGCAGUUGAUCAUGGGAAGUUUUCUUCAGUUUCAUCAUUUGAUCCUCCACGCUUGGAUGCACCAAGUGGUCUUCGGGCUCCUUCUAGUGUCAGUGAAACAGGUGAGGCAUUUGUUGGAAAAACCUUGGUCCCUGAUGCUUCCGGUGGGGAGGAUGGUUUUCAGGAUGAGUUGGUUCCCAUUCUUAUUGAUUUGGGAGAAAGAGCCCUACAUGGCAUUAAGUUGAAUGAACACAUUGAUGAAGAUAGGCCCUCAGAGAAGGAUGCAUCAUCUGCUGAAGAGGUGAACUGCAAUGCACGAGGAAAGCUAUCAUUUAAUAGUAACACAGAAAAUACAGUUAAAGUCUUGGAACAAGCCCUUGAAGAAGAGCAUGCUGCUCGUGCUGCUCUGUACCAUGAGCUCGAGAAAGAGAGAAGCGCUGCUGCAACUGCUGCAGAUGAGGCUAUGGCUAUGAUAUUGCGUAUCCAAGAGGAAAAGGCAUCAAUAGAAAUGGAAGCUCGGCAAUUUCAGAGAAUUAUAGAAGAAAAAUCUGCUUAUGAUGCUGAAGAAAUGAACCUUCUGAAAGAAAUUCUUCUAAGGAGAGAAAGGGAGAAACAUUUCUUGGAGAAGGAAGUUGAAGCCUAUAGGCAAAUGAUGUUCUCUGAAAAUGAUCUAGUAGAAGGUAAUACGCAUGAUAUAGUUGAUACACCAGAACAGAGGCCCAUUUCUUCUCUUUAUUUAAGUGAGGACCCAGUAUUGAUGCUGCGGCGGAUUAGUGAAUCUAUUGAUAAAGAGGAAAAGGUAAAAGAUGCAGAUAGAUGUUCUGUUUAUGAAUCAACAUCUAUAGAGAUGAAAUAUCCUACCCUUGCUUUUAGUAAAGAAUUACCUAUUCCUGAUUGGGAAGAAGAUGCAGACUUGUCAAAAGGAGGGGAGAUUCAUGUGAAGCCAAACGUUGGCAAACACCAUUCACAUAAAUCAGGACUUAAUGGUAAGUGCAAUGAAGAGUUUCAAGAGAAGGGAAUGUUACCAGUGGAUGAGAAUCAAUGUGCUCAGAAAAGAGGGGUGCAGAAACUAGGGGCAUGUUCACAGUUAUAUAGGUCAAGCAGUUCUCAAGAAAAUUCUUCUCUUGAGAAAGCUAGUGCCCCAAUAGGUGAAGACCAAAAACAAAGUGAUGAAAUCAAAUUAUUUCAAGGAAUUAUAUCAAAGACAACCAAAACUCAUGCUGAAGCUGAGAUGCAUGUUCCACAUGAUGGUGAAGAUCUGGACAAGCUCGGAAAGACUGCAGAUCACGAAAGCAAAGAUCACUGUUGCUCAGCAUUUGAUAUUGAGCCUCGUGUUCAUGAUGUUCAUGUCAUUGAUCAUGAAUCUAAUCUGUGUAAUGAGGCAAAUGAAAGCAAAAUUGAACAGACUCCAGAUAUUCCUGCAAAACUUGACCCCCCUGUUGAAGCUUCUCUGAUUCAAAGGAUUGGUAUUGUUUGUGAUUUUCCGAUGAUGAGCACAUUGGAAAGUGAAACAAAUAAUGACCAAAGCUUUUCAGACAUAACUAAUGGGUUGCCACCACUGGGUGGUUCACGAGGAAAAGCUUUGCUUUCUGAUAUGCGGAGACAUUCUAUCUCUUCAGUUGAUAAUGAAAGGUUGAAGAUUGAAACUGAAGUUGAGAGGCUCCGAGAAAGGUUGAGGAUUGUGCAAGAAGGAAGAGAGAAGCUCAACUUCUCUGUGGAGCAUAAGGAGAGGGAAAAUAUUCAAUUGCAACUUUUGGAGGAUAUAGCAAGCCAGCUUAGAGAGAUUCGGCAGCUAACUGAACCUGGGAAGGCUGUACGCCAGGCUUCUUUGCCUCCUCCAUCUUCUAAGGAGAUGACAGGUUGAUGUUUCAAUGUCGAUGUUACAUGGAUGCUUCAAACCAUAUGAAGUUUGUGUGUCAGACAUGAUAUGACAUGGGUCAUGACAAGGUUUCUGGAUAUGGAUAUGUGUCCAGCAGGUUAUGUCAAAGAAAAGGCGCUGGCGAAGUACAUCCUUAGGAGUGCAUCAAAGCACUUAAAUCAGAACUCCUCUGGAGAGCCUUACCUGAGCCUUCAAACAGCAUGUCUAUCAUUGAGACUGGAUGAAGUUGCGACUUAAUCAUUAACAGGAGAUGGUAGGAUUGCAGUUGUAAAGUUAAUGAGCAGCAUAGUUUGUGAAGAGUUCUAGCCAGGUAGCUACCCCUCAGGAAGUUGGUUUAUCUUGAUUCUUGUCUUUCUUAUUAGCUGGGUAAUCUCUUAGACAAUAGUGGCAGCCAAGUACAUUGCAUCUUGAGCUGCAUUUACUCUGUACUUGUAUUGAUUCAGUUCCCGUGCUUGUACAUAUCUAGUUGGAUAAAGUCAGGAGACAAUGAAAUAAUGGAUGAAUAAAAGUAAUAUGAGGCAGUUUUAGGUUGUACAUAAUACUUAUUAUUAUUAUUAUUAUUAUUGUUAUUAUUGUUAUUA